AUGUCACUCAUAAAUCCUGUCCGCCGAGUAGCUAUCAUCGGCGCAGGGCCCUCUGGCCUUGCCGCAGUCAAAUACCUCCUCGCCGAGAAAUGCUUCACUCAAGUCGAGGUGUUCGAGCAAAGAAGCUCCGUGGGAGGAGCUUGGAACUAUAAUGCAAGUUCGUCCAAAAUUGGGAUGUCGACAGCGGUCCCGCAUCUAAACCCUCAUGAGCCAGUUGAGCAGCCAGUAUGGAUCGAUCAUACUGAGGGGCCACGUGAGGCAGCAUUCGUGUCCCCAGUUUAUAAUCGGCUGGAGACCAACAUCCCCAAGGAAUUGAUGCGUUACUCGGACAAGGCAUUUCCAUUGGAAUCCCAGCUCUUCCCUAAGCACCCGACAGUGAAACAAUACCUCGAGGAAUAUGCCGAGGAUGUCAAAGGCCUCAUUCAAUUUCAGACUCAAGUUUUAGAAGUGAAACUUCAGGACGAGGCUUUGAGUACCUGGAGUCUAACUACAAGGAAUCUUCUUACUGGCAUGGACACAACCCACACUUAUGACGCUGUGGUAGUUGCUAGUGGUCACUUUACGGUCCCAUAUGUGCCUGAAAUUUUAGGGAUACAGGCCUGGGAUGCAUCCUACCCUGGCUCGAUCUCUCAUUCCAAAUUCUACGACUCUCCAGAACCCUUCCGGGAGAAGAAAGUGGUCGUAGUAGGGAGUUCUGCCUCGGGGCUUGACAUUGGCGCCCAAAUCAGCGAAGUAAGCAAAGGCAAACUGCUGGUUUCUCAGCGAUCUGAAUCCUACUUGGCUGCGCCUCCAGCUGGCGAGAAAAUCAUUUGCCCCGAGAUAGUCGAAUUCCUUCCUCCCACAACCCAUGACAGAGCUGUCAGAUUUGCAGAUGGACGCAUUGAAGAACAUGUCGAGGCCAUUGUCUUCUGCACUGGCUAUUUCUAUUCAUAUCCUUUUCUAUCUUCACUGAAUCCAUCGCCCGUGACUGAUGGAUGGCGAACCAGGAACGUCUACCAGCAAUUGUUCUAUAUAGAUCACCCCACGCUUGUGUUCCCUGUGCUUUCGCAGCGGGUCAUUCCUUUCCCCAUGGCAGAGAACCACGCUGCCGUUUUCUCUCGCGUGUGGUCAUCGCGGCUUACUCUUCCACCAAAACAAGAAAUGCAGAUAUGGGAGGUCUCUGAGAUUGAAGCCAAAGGAGAUGGAAAGCAAUUCCAUCUUCUUCCAUUCCCUAUGGAUGCCGAUUAUCUUAAUUUUCUGUAUGAUUGGGCCGAAAAGGCCAUCCGCCGGCCCGGGUUGUCAAACAACGGGCAAGGCAAACUUGGGACUCGGUGGGGGGAGCGGGAAAGGUGGAUGCGGGCCAAUUUCCCAGAUAUCAAGCGUGCGUUCAUGCAGCAAGGUCACAAGCGAAGUAGCAUUAAGAGUCUAGCAGAGCUGGGAUUUGACUUUGAAGAGUGGAAGAGGCAACAGGAAGAACAUUGA